AUCAAAUUCAGGCUCACUUUUCAGUUAAUUCGUUGCUGCUGACGUCACACGGCGAUGGCUUUCAUCUCUGAAACUUCCGACGACGGCUCUAAUGGCGGCGAUCCAACCAAGAAUCCGCAACAAGAAAAAGAAGAUAAUCAAAACGAGAAUCCGCAACAAGUUGAAGAGAAUCCACAAGAAGUUGAUGAGAAUCCACAAGAAGUUGAAGAGAAUCCACAAGAAGAAGCAGAGAAUCUUCCUCCGAUUCCUCAAGAAAUCCCAGAAGAACUCAUCGAAAGUACCGUCGCACUCGUCCGGAGUUGUCAUUACCCGUCGCUAUCUCUCCUCUCCAAAGCCUUUCGUCGCGUCAUAUCUUCUCCAGGACUCUACCACAGCCGCUUGCUCCUCGGCCUCACCGACCCGGUUCUUUACGCCUUGAUCGGAUUGAGACUGUAUAUUCUCAAUCGAAACGUUCCAAGAAAUAUCUCUUUACGAUUGAGCGAAAUCGGUUCACUUCCUCCUCUGAAUCAUGGAUCUGCGGUGGUCACAAUCGGAUACGAUAUUUCCAAGGUGAAGGAUCUUUUUAUUACAUCUACUGUUUUAGCAGCUUGUUGAUAUGAAGAAAAAGUGAUGCAGAAGCUGUUAUAUCUGACACCUUAAAGAGUAACUCGUCUUUCUUUACCUUUGUGCACAAUAUUGGCCGUUCUUGUUUUAGCCUUGAGUGUUCUUAAGCUAGUGUAAAAUAGGCCAUUCUUGUUUUAGCUAUACUCUGUUUUUUUGUGCAGUUGCACUAAUAUAACGAAACCUAUUCU